AGUUUUGGAAGCUCAAUGGCGCGCAGAUAGACACAGCUUCAAAAAUCCGAUUGAGCGCCAUGAAAAUCCAGCUGCUGACCCUGAUUGGUGCUGCGUUUGGUCUGAAUCUGCCAGAGAUUCCUGACCUGCCAGAUCUGGUUGGAUUUGUAGAGAACUGGGUCCAUGGAAAUUUUACUGCCCAGACUGUAGAGGAGCCACAAGUGUUUCUUCCAACAAUUGCACAGAUCAGAGCCAUGACGGAUCAGGAAAGGUCACAACGCUUCCAUUGGUUUGUUUGUCUUUUUUUCGGGGUGUUUUUUGGUGUUACUAUCGUGGGGACCGUCAUCAUGGUCGUGGGAGCUGAGUUGAAAGCACUCGGCUCCAACCUGGGCCACGCACACCCAUUGAGCAAAGGAGCUCAAUUACGGCUGGUCAUGUUGAGCUUUGGCGGCACGGUGUCUUUGAGCCUCGCUGCCACUCUGUGGAGCCUCCAAACUGGGAGACUGUCCAAGUCGCUCGGUUUGGUCUGGGAAGUUUACUUGUUGCUGUUUUGUUGUGCCGGUGCCUCCCUUCUCAUUCAAGCUGUGCUGGCGGUGGCCUGGCUCAAAGCGGGUGAUCGCUUUGAUGCCACAGCUUUUGCCAUGGCUUCAUUUUCCUCCAUGGCACCAUUUUUGUCUGACCAAUUUGACACUUUAAAAGAUGUAAUUUUUGGAGGGCUUUGUUUACAGUCACCGCACUUGUUCAUGAAUAUAGUGGGUGUAUUGAGCUGGUCGUACCUAUUAGCCUUCCAUGCCUGGUUCUUUUUCCUUUCGGCAACUCAGGCUGCACGUGACGUGCCAGGUGCAAACUGUUUUAAUGAGCUGGCCACAAACCACCUCUCAGUUUUGCUCAUAGCCCCAAAGGUCCAAGGUGAGUGGUCUGGAAGUUGUUGGGAAAGGCUAAUCCUCCCUACAAUCUACAAACAAGUGACAAAAUGCAAGCGCCACCACUUGCUCAUUGAGAACGUGCCCCAGGCAUUCAUGUCUGUCUUGUUUUUGCUUGUGGAAGGCGGAUCAUUUUUUGUCGCUGCCUUGAAUUUAGUAGUGCCUGGUGUACAGAUUGCACUGACAUUUUUGCUAUUUGAGCCUGUUCGUGCAGCUGCAAUCCCGGCAUUGGGAAAGAGUUUCAACCGGGCCCUAUACAAUGGCAAUGCCAUUGCGGCCAAAGCGCUGUGGCAUGAGGCAGAGCUUACGGAUGACAGGCAGCUUUUCAAGCUGAUCCUACCGUAUCUGAACGUUUUUGUUGAGAAGAUGAACUGCUGCCGGUUCAUGAGCCGAGCUUUGGAGGACCUUGAACAUCUCAGUGACCAGGACCUUGAGACGCUGCACCGCAUUGCUGCAGUUUUCGCAGCGGAGGUGGUGUGUGAUUUUGGUGGCCGGAACAUGGGCACUUCUGGCGCCAAGGUCUUGGCCGAAGCUCUGCAAACCAGCGGGACGAGGCACCUAAACCUUGAAAACAACGACAUCGGGGACGAGGGCGGAGAGGCCCUGGGGGCGAGCUUGAAAACCAAUGACAGCUUGCACAAGCUGUUCCUCCAGGCAAACACCAUCGGUGACAGUGGUGCUCAGGCCCUGGCGGAUGGCCUCAAACGCAAUAGCAGUUUGCAGUGUCUCGUCCUCGAACAAAACAGCAUCGGUGCUCGCGGUGGUGAGGCCCUGGCAGAGAGUUUGGAAAGCAAUGACACUUUGCUGCAGCUUACGCUCAGGGGCAACAGCAUCGGUUCUCGGGGUGCUCAGGCCAUUGGGCAAAGCCUCGCAUGGAAUUGCUGUUUGCUGGUGCUUGACCUUCAUGGUUGCGGCGUUGGUGAUAGUGGUGCUGAGGCGGUGGCGCGCGGCCUCUGGGACAACCGCAGCUUCUUUGGCUGCAAAUUGUCUACGCUUUUUCUCGGCAGAAAUGGUAUCGGUGACCAUGGGGCCAAGGCCCUGGCAGAAAGCCUGGGAUGGAAGUGCGAUUUGCGUGAGCUCUACCUCCAGGCCAAUAGCAUUGGUGAUCGUGGUGCUGAGGCAGUGGCCCGAAGCCUUCGGAGCAAAGGCCGCUGUUUGCAGAAACUUGACCUUGAAGGCAACAGCAUCACCGAUCGGGGUGCGCAGGCUGUGGCAAUAAGCCUCACACGCAACCGCAAUUUGCAGUGGCUUAAACUCUGCGACAACAACAUUGGUGAUGUCGGUGCUGAGGCCCUGGUCCGUGACAGCCGCACCUUGCAGGAACUUUGCCUCAAAAACAACAGCAUCGGUGAACGGGGUGCUAAGGCCAUGGCCAGAUGGCUGCCCUCUAACAAGGGGCUGACGCAUCUUCGGGUCAACGGUUACCUUCGUGACACAUUUGGCACCUGGCCGCAGGCAUUGGAAGCUGCAGCGAGAAAGAUUGUUUGGGAAGACUGAGAAGACGGGAAGACUGAGAAGACUGCAAGAUGCAUCUACAAGAUGUCCAGGACGAACUUCCUUUAAGUGCCACUUGCGUGACCCUGUGUCGCGCUCAUGACAUGAUCUAUUUCCAUGACAUGUUUGCGACACCGAAGGAAUGUCAAUUAAUGUCUGGUGCGUCUGUUCCACAGUGGUUUU